AGAAAGCGUGUACGAGUAUAUAUGGAGAAUACCAUAGGCGUGAGAAAAGGUGCAUGGACAUAUGAGGAAGAUAAGCUACUCAAGGAUUGCAUUAACAAGUAUGGUGAAGGAAAGUGGCAUUUAGUUCCUCAAAGAGCAGGAUUGAAUAGGUGCAGAAAGAGUUGUAGACUUAGGUGGUUAAAUUAUUUAAGCCCCACCAUCUACAGAGGAAGCUUUGCUGAAGAUGAAAUUGAUAUGAUCAUCAGGCUACACAAUCUCCUAGGGAAUAGAUGGUCAUUGAUUGCUGGAAGGCUUCCUGGUAGAACAGCUAAUGAUGUGAAGAACUAUUGGAAUGCACACUUGCUUAAGAAAGUGGUUGCAAUGAAAGAAGAAGAGAAAAAAAAUGAGAAACAUAAGGAAACAACCAUGAAAGCUCAUGAAGUUAUUAAACCUCAACCUCGAACUUUUUCAACCAAUUGGUUGAAAGAGAAACAUAAUAAUAUUGUGUCACAACCAAUAUUAUUGGCUUCAAAUAAAGAUGAUACAAUUCCUACAUAUCAUGAUGAUCAAUCAGAGAUUAUGGUUCCAAAUCAUAUUGGUAUAGAUUGUGCUUCUUCAUCAAAAUCAAAUCUAGGUAAUGCGCCAAUACCGUGUGCAAUGUCGAUGGACAGUUUAUGGAACUUGGAGGAACCUGUAGCCGUAGGUAGUGAGAUAAUUGGCUCAUGCUCUUCAGUUCAUGAGGAGAAUUAUAAUGAUAUGGAGUUUCCAAAUGUUGAUGAUUCUUUUUGGGAUUCCAAUCUUUAUGAUUUCGAUUCUCUUUGGGAUCUUUAGUUUGUUGUGUAAUAUUGAAGCUCUACAAUAAAGUCUUUUUAGUUUGUCUAAUAUAACCUCCUAAAAAGAGUUUAA